UCUGUUACACGGAAUUUUUUCGUCGAAAAUGUGAUUACUUUCCUUCAAAAUUUAAAAUGUCCGUCAGUCAACCAAGUACCGCUGCUUCCGAAGAAAUUUACGAUGAUGAUUCUAAGGAUGAAGAAACGAGCAUCAAAGUUGUGGUUAGGGUACGUCCUUUAAUGAAUCAUGAGAAAGGAAUUAAUGUGCAAGCUGUGCAAUUUCCGGCAGCGGGUCAGAUAAUGAUGGAAGAUCAAACGGCUAAUCAGUCACAUAUAUUCACCUACAAUGUAGUUUUCGAACCAGAAGCCUCGCAAGAAGACGUUUUCGAAUUUUGUGGCAUUAAAAAAAUGAUCGACAUGGCACUAGAUGGAUUUUCAUGUACAGUAUUCGCAUAUGGCCAAACCGGCGCUGGGAAAACCUAUACUCUGACAGGAUGUAAUCAUGUAGAAAAUAACUCUUUGAAACAACAAGAACCCGGAAUUGUACAAAUGAGUUUUAUUUAUCUCUUUAAUCAAAUAAAAUCAAGAACUGGGUUAGAUUACGUGGUUCAAGCCUCCUAUUUAGAAAUAUAUAGAGAACAAGUGCUCGACCUUUUGAAUCCUUCAGAUAAAGCUUUGUCUGUGAGAUGGUCUAAAGAAAGGGGUUUUUACGCCGAAAAUCUCUUUGUAGUGGAGUGUGAAGAUCUUGGAGAUUUGGAAGGAGUUCUAGAGGAAGGGCAGAAAAAUAGACAAGUGCGUAGCCAUACGAUGAACGAGCAUUCCAGUCGUAGUCAUGCGAUGUUGGCAUUAAUGCUGACGUCAGAAAUUUGCGAUCCCGACGAUCCAACAAAUUUCAUACGACGUCACGGAAAACUUUCCCUAGUCGAUUUAGCAGGAUCGGAAAAAACUAAAAAGACAAACAGCCAAGGAGAUGUUUUGAAAGAAGCCAACAAUAUAAAUAAAUCUUUACUCGUUUUAGGAAAUUGUAUCUCCGCCCUGUCCGAUCCAAAAAAGAGAAAUGGGCAUAUUCCGUAUCGAGAUAGCACUUUAACUAAGUUAUUGGCUGACAGCAUGAGUGGAAGUGGCAUGGCUCUUAUGAUUGCUUGUGUCUCGCCUCAUAAAUCGAACAUUCCUGAAACGUUAAACACGUUACGUUAUGCAUCGAGAGCGAAAAGAAUUAAAACCAAACCCGUAAUUAUUAUGGUAAUUUUCAUUUUUUUAUGCCCGCGACUUCCUUUAUUUCAAAUCAGACCAAGUACCGCUGCUUCCGAAGAAAUUUACGAUGAUGAUUCUAAGGAUGAAGAAACGAGCAUCAAAGUUGUGGUUAGGGUACGUCCUUUAAUGAAUCAUGAGAAAGGAAUUAAUGUGCAAGCUGUGCAAUUUCCGGCAGCGGGUCAGAUAAUGAUUGCUUGUGUCUCGCCUCAUAAAUCGAACAUUCCUGAAACGUUAAACACGUUACGUUAUGCAUCGAGAGCGAAAAGAAUUAAAACCAAACCCGUAAUUAUUAUGGAUCCGAGAGAACAAUUAAUUCUUAGUUUAAAAAGAGAAGUAAAGUUACUUCGAAUGGAAAACAAUUAUUUACGUACGCAGGUCAACCUUAAUCAAGAUUUAUUUAAUAAAUCUUUUACUCAUAAUGGAUUAUCCUUAAAAGAUAUUAAAGACGAAGACAUUAGGACAAUGCUUCAAAAAUAUAUGCAAGAAAACGAAAUAUUAAGAGCGGAAAAUUCCCAGCUUCACGAAAUGAAAGAAUUGCUAACCAGGGAUCAUGAAUUAGCGUGUAGAGAAAAUGAUAAAUUGUCUAGAAAACUUGCAGAAAUGGAAAGGUAUAUUNAAAAACUAAAACUUACAAAUUUUGAACCGAAUAUUGCUAAUCUUGCAAAAGAUUAUCAAGCUUACCUGUCUCAUUGA